AUGCUGAGAGUGAAAUGGGGUGCGGGCGCCAACCCCGCGCUGCAGUCCCCGCUGGCCGCGCUCGAGGCGGCGUGGGGCGCUCGCUCCAUGCGCGCGCGCCGCCUGGGCGCCGCGGCGCGCGCGCUGCAGCGCCACGCCAAGGCCGCCGCCGCCAUGCGCACUAAGCACGCCAAGACCGCCAAGACCGCGAGGCAGGCGCUGGCACACUGGGAGAAGGCUUGCACGCUGUCACAGAAGUACUCCCUGAAAGUAACUGAUGCCCAACACGCGCUCAUGGAAAUGCUUCACCCUGAAGGCAACAUCGAUCAACACUGGGUGGAGAGCGUGAACUCGCUCCUAGUGGACAUGAUCUCCUCCCUAACCCGAGAAGCGGCCUCGCUCACACAGCGCAGCAAGGCCUCCGCGGAACAACUGGCAUCGAAGGCUGCCAACCUCGCCGCCCCCGCUGCUGCUAGGAAUGCACUAGCACAGGACAUCAGGCCGCCGCUGCAGGCCCUACAACACGUCAACGAUGGAGUAAACCCAGCGAGCGAAAUCCUAGCUCGAGAGAAACGAAUCACGGAACUGUUGAAUAUCAUAAACGACACAAGUGCCGGGCCCGCUGCAGUUACUGCUGCCGCGGCCGAACUGACCGUUCGACUGCCCGCUGUAUACACGGACUUGGCUGAGCUCGGAACGCGCUGGGCGGCGGAGACCGGAGCGCGGCGUCUAGUGCGGCAGAACGCCGUGGGAUCGCGUGGAACCAGCGUCAAACACGGAGGAGGGGAACGCAACGCCGUGGGUGCGGGGGUGUGGAAGCGCGUGCGGCUCAAGCUGGAGGCGCGCGACCCCGACCCCGCCCGCGCCGGCCGCGUCCAGGACCAGGUGGACUACAUAAUAUCGGAAGCGACUAACGCAGAGAACUUGUGCCUAAUGUACGAAGGCUGGAUGGCGUGGGUCUGAGGGGUCCCCCCUCCGGGGUCUCCCCCACCACUCCCCCCACACCGACGGCCGCGCCUGCGCCCCGCGGCCCGCGCGCUGCCCGCCGGAGAUGAGUACUACUGUACUGGGACGUAACAAACAAAUGCCUUAAGCGUUUCUGACGCGCAGAGGUCGACUUUGCACGGAGAUUGGCUCGCCAGCGAGCUGACCCCCCCUCUUGUGGGGGGGGAAUUGUCUAUAUCUUUUUUCGUUCGGUUUAUUUUUCAGGUUUCACUAAAGGUUUCGUCGGGCAAUGAUGAUAUCGCCCCGAUCCUACCCAUCAGGCGUUUUACUCGGGAUUCGAACUCGAAAGAAGGCGAUUUACUGAGCUUUCGUAACGGACCUGUCGGUAAUUUUAGACUUAGGAAGGCCGAUCAACUUGAAAACGGUAUUCAAUGGAAAUUAUGCUUCAAAGCUAAUCAUUUAACAGGAAUGCCGCAAAAGCUAGCGGCAGUCGUCCGAACACCUAGGCGACAAUUAUUGACAGAAAUGUCACUUAAUCCGGUAGAUGUUUUAAAUUCGCGAUUAUUUUUAUGCUCUCUAUCCAGCUUGGGUUAUGUCUAUCUAUUGCGAUAAUAAUUGCGUCUUUGUGACAAUUAUACGCGUCAAUAGCACAAAGCUGUCAGGCCGAGAGCUAUAUUUAGAUUAGUUACAUGCUUAUAUAUGUCAUAUUACUGUAAGAAUCCGCUGACAUAUAACGUCAUGCUUCGAACGCUUUUGAAUAAAAUGAAA